AAUGAUUAAAGGGGUGAAAUAGUCCUCCUUCACGGUUCAAUGUGCUGUUUGAGUCGACGAUCUCUUUCCCGUAAAUAAGCAAGCAUUCCUCUUACUUCCCUCCAUCUGUCCGUUGGUGUGGGGGCCUCAAGUUGGAAUCGAUCAAAUACGGUCAAAGUUUACGGUUUAAGCUGAGCAAAGAGGAGCACAAAGUAGUAGUACACUAGUACUGCACUGGUAGUGAGUGGCAGUAUUAGAUUGCAGCCGGCUGGGACAGGGAGGAUCUGGUGCAUGAAAAAGUAGACUCUGCUCGACUAGUAGACGAUGUCGAAACUGAGGAGUUUGAGUAUGGCGAUGUAUGUGGAUGUGGUGUUUUUGGCGCUAACGAUGUCGCAAAUGAUGGCGAGAAUGGUAUUGGUGGGCAGCGUGGAGAAUUAUACAAGAGCAGACUUCCCGGCCGACUUUGCUUUCGGCGCGGCCACUUCCGCAUACCAAGUAGAAGGUGCCGCUUUCGAAGAUGGGAAGAUGCCCAGUAUUUGGGAUACCUUUGUUCGUGCCCAUUCUGAUUUUUAUGGUGGAGCUACUGGAGACAUAGCAUGUGAUCAGUAUCACAAGUACAAGGAAGAUGUCCAGUGCAUGGUUGACACAAGUUUGGAGGCCUACAGAUUCUCUAUUUCGUGGUCAAGACUUAUUCCUAAUGGAAGAGGCCCUGUCAACCCCAAGGGAUUAGAAUAUUACAACAAUCUCAUAGAUGAACUCAUCAUGCAUGGAAUUCAGCCGCAUGUCACUAUGUACCACAUGGAUACUCCGCAAGCUCUUGAAGAUGGAUAUGGGGGAUGGCUUAGUCGGACUAUGGUAAGAGACUUUACAGUGUAUGCCGAUGUGUGCUUCAAGGAAUUUGGUGACAGGGUUCGGCAUUGGACUACAGUAAAUGAGGCCAAUGCAUUUGCAAUUGGUGGUUAUGAUAACGCACUCAUUCCCCCUGGGCGCUGCUCUCUGCCAUUUGGAUUGGCUUGUACCAAGGGUAACUCCUCAACUGAGCCGUACAUUGCUGCUCAUAACAUGUUGUUGGCACAUUCAUCUGCUGUGAAACUGUACAACAGAAAAUAUAAGGGGAGUCAACAUGGCUUUGUAGGACUAAACAUCUAUGCUCCGUGGUUCUUUCCAUAUACUAAGGCUACAGAAGAUAUCAAAGCAGCUCAAAGAGCCAUUGAUUUUUACAUCGGUUGGUUUCUCCAUCCAUUGGUGUUUGGAGACUAUCCUGACAUAAUGAAGAAGAAUGCUGGAACAAGGAUUCCAGCCCUCACUCGACAUGAUUUUGAGUUAGUUAAGGGCUCUUUUGAUUUUAUAGGGCUAAACCAUUAUGCAACAUUCUACAUCAAGGACGACCCUAGUAGCCAUAAAAUGGAGAUCAGGGAUGUCAACACUGAUAUUGCCGCAACCAUCAUGUAUGAGCGGGGUGAUUCAUCACUAGAUCAGGAUAAUGAGACAUCAUCUGGUCUUUAUGAGGUUCUGGAAUACAUCAAGAGAGUUUAUGCAAACCCACCUACUUACGUCCAUGAAAAUGGUCAACGGACGGUUCGUAAUGGAACACUUAAUGACACGGCAAGGGUGGAAUACAUGCACGCAUAUAUCGGCACUUUGCUUCGUGCUUUAAGUUUCAAUGAUAGCCUUUUUCUGGUCUUUCAUCUUCAAAAUAUUGGAAGGAAUGGAGCAAACUCAAAAGGGUACUUCAUGUGGUCAUUCUUAGACGGUUUUGAGGUGGUGGGUGGCUAUCAGAAGGGUUUUGGAAUGUACUUUGUGGAUUUGAGUGACAAGCAAUUGAAAAGAUACCCAAAGCUCUCCGCACACUGGUAUUCCAAUUUCCUCAGGGGAAGAAGCAUCAGUCCCAAUGAGGUAAUCGAAGCUGAACAUCAACAUUUUGUUUCAUCCACAGCCAAAUCCUCUUGGUAGAUAGCAGUAUAAUCUUCCUUCACUGACUCUCCUUGUUUAGUUAUUCUUCUACAAUGUAAUUGCUCUGCACGGCUGUUCUAAUCAACAGCAUGUUCCUGUCCCGAGUUUAUGCUCCUCCAUUAUUAAUUUGAGCACAAGACAAAGGCAUGAUUGUUCAUAAGAUGGCUCUGCGCAGCUGUCCUAAUCGCGACUUAAUUGGUUUUGGAGCUAUGCAUUAUGAUGACGAUAUCAAGUGUACUAGCAUGUAUGCUGGGAGUGUAGAUUUUUUCUCCAGCUCAACUGAUAAGGAUUAUACAAUUGAGCAUAUUUAUACUUGUUCUGCUGGGA